CUUCAGACCCCUCCCCCCCGAGGCCCCGCCCCCGGUGCCCGCAGGCGCGGCGCGGCCCGGCCAUGCCGGCCAAGAGGAAGCCGCUGCUGCCCGCCCUCACCAUCACCCCCAGCGCCACCGAGGGGCCCGGGCCCGCCGGCUCCGCAGAGGCCAACCUGGUGGACCUCCAGAAGAAGCUGGAGGAGCUGGAGCUGGACGAGCAGCAGAAGAAGCGGCUGGAAGCCUUCCUGACACAGAAAGCCAAGGUGGGCGAGCUGAAGGAUGACGACUUCGAGCGCAUCUCCGAGCUGGGCGCCGGCAACGGCGGCGUGGUCACCAAGGUGCAGCACAAACCCUCCGGGCUCGUCAUGGCACGCAAGCUGAUUCAUUUAGAAAUCAAACCAGCCAUCAGGAAUCAGAUUAUCCGGGAGCUGCAGGUGCUGCACGAGUGUAACUCCCCGUACAUCGUGGGUUUCUACGGAGCCUUCUACAGCGACGGAGAGAUUUCCAUCUGCAUGGAGCACAUGGAUGGUGGCUCUCUGGAUCAGGUGUUGAAAGAAGCCAAAAGAAUUCCCGAGGAGAUCCUGGGGAAAGUCAGUAUAGCGGUUCUGAGAGGUUUGGCGUAUCUGAGAGAGAAGCACCAAAUCAUGCACAGAGAUGUGAAGCCUUCUAACAUCCUGGUUAACUCUCGAGGAGAGAUUAAGCUGUGUGAUUUCGGGGUCAGUGGUCAGCUCAUUGACUCCAUGGCAAACUCUUUUGUGGGAACUCGGUCCUACAUGUCUCCCGAGCGGUUGCAGGGCACCCAUUACUCGGUGCAGUCCGACAUCUGGAGCAUGGGCCUGUCGCUAGUGGAGCUGUCUAUCGGAAGGUACCCAAUCCCCCCGCCAGACUCCAAGGAACUGGAAGCAAUAUUUGGCCGUCCUGUGGUGGACGGGGCAGAGGGAGAGCCUCACAGCAUCUCGCCGCGGGCCAGGCCCCCAGGACGCCCCGUCAGUGGCCACGGGAUGGACAGCCGGCCUGCCAUGGCCAUCUUUGAACUGCUGGACUAUAUAGUUAACGAGCCGCCUCCCAAGCUACCGAAUGGAGUUUUCACGCAAGAUUUCCAGGAGUUUGUAAAUAAAUGCUUAAUUAAGAAUCCAGCAGAACGGGCAGAUUUGAAGAUGCUGAUGGCAGCGAUGUUAUCAGCCCGUGGAGCCUGCUGCCCCUCCCCAGCGGAGCCCAGGAUGGGAACCCGAUGGCUCCAGCACCGCCCCGUGUCUGCCAAGAAUCACACCUUCAUCAAGCGCUCCGAGGUGGAGGAGGUGGAUUUCGCCGGCUGGCUCUGCAAAACGCUGAGGUUGAACCAGCCCAGCACGCCCACCCGCGCUGCCAUGUGACGGCCGAGCCGACCGCCUGGUGUCAGUACAUCUGCCUCUGUCACCAUUUCCUGUCCUUCAGUACAUGACAGAACCGCCCUUCUUCCUCCUCCCCGGCCCCUUCUCGCCUCGUGUCCCACCGGCAAAGCCCCGGCCCUAUAGAGACGUCCAUGGGGUGCCCCCCGCCCCGAGCAAACAAACGCGGCCUUGGGGGCAUCCCGGGCUUCUGCUCCGGCUCUGGAGCUCCUGACACUUGGGAAACGUGGUGCUGCUUGUGUUAAUUUUUCUCUUUUUUUUUGUUUUUUUUUUUUUUUUUGGAAACAUGUUCACUUGGGUUAAAAAAAAAAAAUUGAAA